GUGAUACAAACCUGAAUCAAAGGUCCUGUAACAGGCUGUUUUCCGAGGAUGAAAUGCUGGCCAUAAUAAAUCCAGUUAGCGGCAACCUCUCCUGCUUGAUCAACACGAAGAGCCGAGUCCAAUGCUGCCCGCUGUUCAUCUGUGAUAUCGAGCGGAGUUGAGUGAGUUGCAGGAUCAUUUGCCAACGAAGGUUUCGUAUAGGCAAAUGAAGCUAAGAAACGACGGUUUAUGCAUCUGGAAAAGCGCUGAAUACCCGUGAAAGAAGACAACAUGAUGAUGAUGCGCGAUCACAAGUGUAAUCUGUUUGCCACAGUGCCACUUUCGCCCUUGACUACGCUCUUUCAGCAACUCCCAUAAUGUCUGCCACAUAUACGCCUUCUGAUGUUAUCGAUAUGUCCAAAGAGAAAGAGUGGUCAGCCGCGCUUGGCAUGCUCGACUGGGAUGCUACAAGCAUCGUGUUUACGAAGCGCUCUCUGAUCGAAUUCCUGAAGUACACUGGAACCACGGUGGACACUAACUUUGGAAACAUUCAAAAACUUCCCAAGUGGGCAAAAUUUGGCAAGAUAUCCUCUGCAAUGGACCCUUCUGAAUCCAUCACAUCUAUUACUUCGUCUACGAGCUCUGCGACUGCCUCAGAAGCGUUCAAGCCUUCUCGUCGCGUGCGCCAAACCCCUGGCGGGGGUCACACUGACAUAUUCAGCAGCAACGAAGAUGAUGCUUUGUCUCAAGCUCCCCCCAAAGAGAUUACUAGUGAAAGUGAAAUGCCUGCCAGUUCUUCGGUAGCUCAAGAAGAUGUGCAGGAUGAAGAUGAACACUCAGGAAUCAACUUUACUUCCCAAGUGAAACCUAGCAGGCGUGUGAGGACUGUCCCUGGUGGAAAUAGCUCACUUUCGAACUUUUGGAAUUCAAACGAACAAGAGGAAUUCAAACCAACUCGACGAGUUCGUCAAGGACCAGGUGGACAAGAUAACAUUUCAGGUAUCUUUUGAUAAAGGAAUCACGGAAAGGUUAUUUUCCACAUAUGUACAUACUCGAGAAGUACUGUAUUGAGCUUUGUUUGUACGAUAAUGUAAGACUCAAGUUCACC